AUGGGAGGAUAUGAGCAUAACGAUGAGCCCAGGCAAAGUCACGCGAGGAGCCCAGCCAAGUUCCGCGGAGACUCCGACUCCCCGAGGCCAAUUGACCAGUCAGCACGUCUCCUCGGCUGGGUGGAGACGAACCAAGCAGACAAAUCGGGGGCCAGUCGGGAUGGUGGAGAUGGGCCAUCAAGUCGCGCCACUCGAAGACUUUUGGCUCCCGUUUUCCCAAGCGCUCGUGCCAUGUACCUCCUUGAGCCGAGCAAGUCCCGAACAAGCGUCCGCUGUGGGGAAAGGAAGGGCUUCCAGAAGGACGGAUGGAAACUCUGA